ACUGAAUUCUAAUAAAGAUGCCUAUCAACGCCUCAAAGUCAGCGAGCACCAUCCAAGCUAUACAGGGUGCUCUGAGAGUGCUGACAGCGUUGCAACUCACUUCGUACCAGUUUCCAGAACAGAGCUGUGUUUUUGAUGGUGCAUCAUACGACUACAUAAUAGUUGGUGCUGGUACCACUGGGUGUGUGGUUGCCAACCGACUGACUGAAGACAGUAACACAACAGUACUUCUCAUUGAGGCUGGAGGGGAUCCUCAAGUUGAAGCUGGUCUCCCAUUACUACUUCCAUACCUGAAACAAAGUGAUUCAUCAUGGAACUAUACGACAGAACCUGAUGGAGUCUCGUCGCAGUGCCACAAGCAGUACAAAGAUGACAUGUCCAUCGGGAGAGUCCUCGGCGGUUCCAGUUCAUCCAGCUACCUCCUAUACUCCGUGGGCAAUCAUUACGAUUACGAAAACUGGGCAGAAAUAGUCAACGAUAGCACUUGGAAGUGGGAGAAUGUUCUACCAUACUUGAAAAAGUCCCAAAGACUUGAGGAACCCUCCAUCAUCAACUCCUCCCAAGGACAGUUUUUCGGAACCGAAGGAAACGUGGGCCUUACUCUUUAAUUAACAAACAAAAGAGAUAAAUACUUCAAAGUGUUCGAAGAAAUGGGAAACCAAAUACAGGUGGCCUUUAGUGGAAAUAAUUCCUUAGGCUACUCUGAUGGCCUGUUCACCAUAUCUGAUGGUAUCCGGCAGAGUACUGCUAUUUCUUACUUAGUGCCCAUCACAAACCGACCAAACUUACACGUUUUAAAGAAUACUGUUGUGAAGAAAAUUAUAUUUGACGCUUUCAAUAAUGCUGUUGGCGUUGAAGCGUACACUUAUGACAAAAGAUAUAUUAUAGUGAAAUCUAGAAAAGAAGUCAUUGUAUCGGCUGGUAUUGUCAAUUCUCCAAAGCUUCUAAUGCUAUCAGGAGUCGGUCCAAGAAGCCAUCUGUAUAGCCACAAGAUCGCUACAAUAUCUGAUCUACCAGUUGGAAAGAACUUGCAGGACCAUUUGGCGGUGACUAUUUUGUUCAAUAUAACAAACCUGAUAUAUCCUUAUAGACCUUACAAUCCUCACAAGUAUCCAGCCUCAGUUGUAACAGGCUAUGUGUCUUUGAACGAGUCUAGUAACUAUCCUGACUACCAGACUAUCAAUUUUGUGAGUCAACCUUCGUACCUCAUGAGCUAUUGCACCUUCACUUACAGUCAGACUGACGAGAUCUGCAACAGUAUGAUCGGGACUGGUGUCAACUCAGAGAUGAUGUUUUCUAUAGUAAACAAGCAAUUAUACAAGUCAAGAGGAGAAAUUCUCUUGAAGAGUCGCGACUUUACGGAAGAUCCUUAUAUUUAUACCAAUUACUAUACAGAGGAAGAAGAUUUAGAUGACUAUGCGAGAAUAGUAGAAGAUUUUAUGAAGAUUUUGGACACAGAGACGUUUCAGAAAAUUGGGGGGACGUUUCAGGAUCCUAAACUACCUGAGUGCAGAAAUUAUACAGUGGGUUCCAGAGACUAUUGGAAAUGUUAUAUAAGAUGCAUGACAACUUCUGAACAUCAUUAUAGCAGUACCUGUGCUAUGGGAUCUGUGGUAGACUCCAGAUUAAGGGUGUAUGGUGUGAGAAGACUAAGGGUCGCUGAUGUUAGUGUCAUGCCAUACCCUACCGCAGGAGGUACGUUAGGUGCUGCGAUCAUGAUUGGAGAGAAAGUGUCUGACAUGAUCAAGGAAGACAAUCAAGGCAAGAGGCGGUAUUGUUGCUAAUAUUGUAUCAUUA